AUGUUCGCCCUUGCACUGACAGCCGAGCUCAACGGGGUUACGAACCUCCGCCCCGAUGACAGCGAAGGCAACCCCUUCUGGUACACGUUCAAGGUGCAGUGCACAUCAUGCCGCGAAGUCCACGACAAACCCGUCGGCGUCAGCCGUUUUGACAACAACGACAUGAGCGGCAGCAGAGGCGAGGCCAACUUCGUCUGGAAGUGCAAGAACUGCAAGCGCGAGUCCUCCGCUACCAUCAAGGCCGCUCCUGCAUCCUACGCGCAGGGCGAGCCCGCGAAGCAGCAGAAGCUUCUCGAGUUUGACUGCCGUGGUCUCGAGUUCACCGAGUUCAUCCCCGAAGGCGAAUGGCUCGCCGAGGGCCUCGAUUCGGGCAGCAAGUUCUCCGCCAUCGACCUCACCGAAGGCGAGUGGUACGAUUAUGACGAGAAGGCCGGAGAGGAAGUGAGCAUCAAGGAUCUGAAAUGGGAGAUCAAGCGGGCUUGA